UUGCGUCUUGCGUUUUGCAUUUCCUCAAUUUUAUUAUUUGACGUUUCCCAAGAUUGUGCAAAUGAUCUUAUAAAUUGUGAAAAUCAAAACAUCCAUAAUCCAGAUUGUUACAUACUUCAAGAACUGCAGAUAUAGAUUGAAAUAUAUUGUAUAAAAUGGCUGAUCAGCAACAAUUCUUCUUGAAAUGGAACGAUUUUCAAAGCAAUAUGGUUACGUCUUUUCGACACCUGAGGGAUGAGAAAAGCUUCACAGAUGUAACUUUAGCUUGUGAGGGCCAAACAUGUAAAGCUCACAAAAUGGUCCUAUCAGCUUGUAGUCCUUACUUCAAAAGUUUAUUAGAGGAAAACCCUUCGAAACACCCCAUAAUAAUACUGAAAGAUGUAGCCUAUAGUCACCUUCAAGCUAUUUUGGAAUUUAUGUAUGCAGGCGAAGUAAAUGUAAGUCAAGAACAGCUACCGGCAUUUUUGAAGACAGCAGACAGACUGAAAGUCAAAGGACUAGCGGAAGCACCACAGGCCAUUAAGAGAGAAUAGAACUGUGUGAUCUAUGAGAUCAUGGUAGUCGUAACGGGUUUUUAUGAACAUUUUUGUAGGUGUAUUAUAAAGCUACUAGGUCUGGGCCAAACAUCAGAUUAGUUCAGGUGUUCAGAUGUAAAUAAUUACUAUUUGAGAAAUAUGUUAAACAGCAAAUCUCCUAUAUAUCUCAUCAUAUUUAUUUUAUUGUAAUUGAAAUUUUUAAUAAUUGAUAUUGAUAUAACUAAAGAACCACUUGAAAAGUUACUGAAUAUUUAAAGUCUUCGGUUACCCGUGAGUAAUACAUCUACAUUGUUCUGUCCUUUCUUGUGUAUUGAAAUUUUCAUUUUAGAAUUUGUGCACUCAAGAUUUCUGGUAUCUGUAUUCAACUCUUUUCUUAUUCUACCAACAAUACUCUGUGAGUUAUUAAAUUGCAAAAUAAAUGAUUUUGGAAAUGUCAGCGAAAGUGAAAAAUGAUCUGCACUUUUGAAGAGAGAUUUCAUAUUUUUUUACUCAUUUUAAUUGUGGUAGGGCAACUACCUCGAGGUUUGUUGCAGAAGUGUUGAAUGCAAAACUGAAUUGUUAACUUUUCUUUUUUUUUUGAUAAACUAUAACCACAUGGGUGCAUUUUUCAAAUAUUUAAUCCGAAAUUUAUUUGUAAUUGACUCUAAUGAGAGCUUUAAGGACUGUAAAGAAUAUAUUUCUAUAUAAGAGUCACUCUUGACGCAUAUGAUUUUUUGUAAAGGUUUUUAUAUCUUAUUGUUUUAUAGUUUUUGUAAAGUGUAGUAAAUAGGGGUUUAUUUUUCAGUGUUAACGUUUUAUAUUGCUAUAAUCAAUCUCAAAUGUAUUGAGAUAUGCUUUUCUGACCCAAGGCUUUUUUAUAACAUCCAAGUAUUGACUCACUAUUGAUAAACGUUCACGUUCACAAACAUAUUUUAGAUUAUUCAGGGUCCUUCAUGGCAACAUAUAUUUGAUCUCGUGAUAAGAGUUUGUUUUACUUUGAAUACUUGCCCAGAAAAAGUUCAGUAAUGCUACCUAAAAGGUUUAAUGAAAAAUAUGAACACUUUAUGGCAAACAUUCAAUACACUUGGUAAAGGGAUGGUACUUUCGACUAGUCAGAAAAGCAUAUCCAAAUAUCUGUAAAUACAAUUGGAAAUAUUCAAUUUUUGGUUGAUACUAUAUUGUUACCACUUUUCCACAAAUUAGUAUAUAAUAUCUUGGAAUAAUUUUCAUUUAAUUUCAUCAUGGAAUAAUUAUCCGUCAACAAAGUGAGGAUGACAGAGUGGAUGCUCUAGAUUUUAUAUGAAAUGUGUAUAUUUAACACUUUUGAAGAGUAUACAUUCAAGUGAGGAAA